AUGGCAUCCCACGCGGCCAUGCUCCUGGACCCGCGAGCCUACAGGAAACGGAUCCAGACAAACGGUAAUAAUAGCCCCGGAUAUACACCCUAUGGUCCGUCAAAUUUACACAGCGAUGCGACUUCCACAAAGGGCCCUGACAUCGACGGCACUUUGUUCUUCCCGUCGCGGAUCCGUUGCCCCUCUCCACCCGAGGACCCUGUUUAUGGCUAUUCGAGUUCAAAUGCAACUGGUUCACAGUCAGUUGGCUUACUUGGUGAAGGAACAACAGGACAGUCGGAUCCCGGUCGUCAGUCGUCGCGCAGCCAUGCGACUACGCCCUCUCUCGCGCCGGCAGGCACCGUCACCGCCACCCACCAGUUUCUCAGCCCCCAACGCCUUCCAUUAUCGAGAAGAACCGCGAAGUCGAGAUCGCCACGACGAGAUGCGAGUCGGUCGAGUAGUGCUGGGAAUAGAACGGCAAAGUCGCCACAGCAUGCUGUGAGAUUAGAACCGACGAUCGAUGUGCAGUAUGCGGCACCAACGGAUUUUGAGAAUGGGAACAAUGAGAAUGGGGCCACCGAUACGCGCCAUGGCAGUUUGUUAGAGGAUAUGUAUGGGGUGGAGAGACGGGAAAACCAGCCGCGCAAAAGGAUCAAGACCGUUGAUCCAUUGGAUGAGCAGCAACAGCAGGCAAAACGCAGGAACUUCGCAAUGGUCGGGAAUAGCGGGUUGGGAGAAUGGAUGAAAGAAGACCAGGGCGAAUCUAAGCAGUCUUUCUCAGCUACAAACAUCGUCGAUCUGACACUAGAUGCUCCCAGCCACGGCGACGAUGACGAUCUACAGGUUACCGGAUCUAACAAUCUCAGCAUACAAAGAGUUUGCUACGGGAAGUUAGAAAAUGCGAUGGUUCAAGCGAUUAUGGUUCCAAGGCCAGCUGCACAGAAUAUCUUUGGAGACUCGGCACAUGACUGGCCAUCGUUAAAGCUAGGAGUACACAGGGAAGCAAACCAGGGCAACAACCGAAUAGAUGUAUCAGACCCCCAUGGGAAAAUAUUCGGUGCAAUAGAUGCAAAGACAGCAGCGGUGAUUGUUCCCUUACUCGAUUCUCCUGCCUUGAGGGUGGAUAUCACGGCUCGAUUGGACGUUCGAAGACGGUCACCAGACGAAUAUCCAUGGGGGCCUUGUUCCGCAUUCUACCGUGCAUCUAUCAACCUCUAUGGCCUCAGGAAGGACGCGGACAUUGUCGGGAGACACCUUGGGCAGAACAACGUCUGGUUAGGAACCCCAAACUCUGUUGAGCAAGGUGUUCCAGUAUUCAAUCCACAUGCAGAGCGCCGACGUGCUCAAGCAUCCUUCUUGCCGGCAGUAGCGGCGCGUGGUCGGUCAGGGGUCAACUAUGAAGUCCGAACAGCCGAGGAAGUCAACGAUGCCGUUAUGAAAAUGUUUGAUCAGUUGCAAAGUGCGGAGAAUCUUCCCGAAAUGCAGCCUCCUUCUAUUAUAUCCACCCGGCUCCUGCGCCACCAAAGACAGGGACUGUGGUAUAUGACGGAAAAGGAAAAACCGCGCAAAUUCGGACCCAAGGAAGAAGAUAACAAUUCGCUUUGGAGGGUGGAUUAUCGUCCUAAUGGGUCGAAAAAGUACCGUGAGAUUAUCAGUGGCUUGGUCCUUGACGAAGAGCCCCCACAAAGCUUGGGCGGUUUACUAGCGGACAUGAUGGGGUUAGGGAAAACGUUAAGUAUUCUUUCGCUUGUUGCAUCUUCUCUCGAACAGGCUAGCGAGUGGGAAAAGAUGACACCACAUCCGGAGCUCGUUAAAACCCUACCAAACAUCCGCAAUACCAGAACUACGCUGCUGGUGGCUCCUCUCAGUGCCGUCAACAACUGGGUGUCGCAGAUUAAGGAACAUGUCAUCGAGGGUGGCCUUUCAUAUUACGUCUUUCACGGCUCGAACCGGACAUCCGACGUUGACAAACUGUCGCAGUAUGAUCUAGUGAUUACGACCUACAGCAUCGUACUCAGCGAAAUAUCCGGGCGUGGUUCAAAACGCUGUGGCGUGAGCCCCUUGACCAAGAUGAACAUGUUCCGGAUUGUUCUCGACGAGGCGCACACGAUACGCGAGCAGAGCGCUGCGCAAACUCAGGCGAUCUUCAAGUUGAACUCUGAACGACGCUGGUCGGUAACGGGUACCCCCAUCCAGAACCGUCUGGAUGAUCUGCUCUCCGUGACCAAGUUUCUUGGACUAGUCCCAUAUGACGAUCGAUCUCGAUUUGCGAUGCACAUUCUUAGCAGGUUUAAGACCGGUGAUGCCACGGUAUUGGCGAGUCUACGGGUGCUUGUUGAUUCGUUUACUUUGCGUCGGGUUAAGGACAAAGUUGAUAUUCCUACUCGUCAUGAUAAAAUCAUCACCCUUGACUUUUCUGAGAAGGAACGGCAAUUACAUGAAUUCUUCCGGAAGGAAUCGAAUGUGAUGAUGAGUGUGAUUGCCGGACAGGACCAGACGAAGAUGAAGGGGCGGAUGUAUCACCACGUCCUCAAGGCUAUGAUGAUUCUACGGCAGAUCAGUGCUCAUGGAAAGGAGCUUUUGGAGCCCGAGGACCGUGAGCGGAUCAAGGGGGUUAGCGCACACGAUGCUAUUGACUUAGAAGAAGGCGGUGAAAUUACGACGGGACUGUCGGAUAAGAAGGCUUAUGAGAUGUUCACGCUGAUGCAGCAAUCAUCGGCAGACGCUUGCGCGGUGUGUGCGAAGCGCUUGGAGGAGCCGAGCACGGAGACUGGUGCCUCGGACAAGAAAACCGCAAUGGCCAUUGUGCUUCCUUGUUUCGAUGUACUCUGUCCGGACUGCUUCUCUGGUUGGAAAAAGGCGUUUAAACCUCAAAUGGAUGGAUCUUUGAACGACACCAAAUGCCAGAUUUGCGAAGGAUGGAUUCCAGCAACAUAUUCCACGAUCACUCCGGCAGGUCUCCAGGAAUACGAAGUGAACCAAGCCCAGGCAAAGCAAAGUCGAAAGCAAGCCAAGGCGAUUGGAGAAUACGAAGGACCGCACACCAAGACGAAGGCCCUCCUAGCCUCCAUACUGGAUUCUGCAGAAGCGACAAAGACCCUCCCCGAAGGCGAGAAACCGAUAAAAUCCGUCGUAUUCUCUGCCUGGACCUCCCAUCUCGACUUAAUCGAAAUUGCCCUCAAAGACAACAACAUCACAGGCUACACCCGUUUAGAUGGCACAAUGUCUCUCUCCGCUCGCCACCAUGCCCUCGAAGCCUUUCACAACGACAACAGCAUCACAAUCCUCCUAGCCACCAUUGGAGCCGGCGGCGUGGGCCUGAACCUGACCGCUGCGUCUAAUGUCUACAUCAUGGAGCCGCAAUAUAACCCCGCGGCCGUGGCGCAGGCUGUCGACCGUGUACAUCGUCUGGGGCAGACGAGGGAGGUUAACACGGUACAGUUCGUGAUGAAAGGGAGUAUUGAGGAGAAGAUCUUUGAUUUGGCCAAGAAGAAGCAACAGUUGGCGGAUUUGAGUAUGAACCGGGGGAAAUUGGAUAAGAAGGAGGUUCAGGAGGCGAGAAUGCAAGAGUAUAGAAGUUUGUUUAGGUGA